UAUUCAUGAAGCCUAGCCCACCCAUUUCCUUUGGUUUGCAAAUUGCAGUCCAAGCCUUUGGAUAGUAUUCUUUGGGAUUUUCCAUAUUUUUGCCCAAAAAAAAUCUCUUUCAAACUUGUUUAAAUCCUGACAGAUUUGAUUAGAAAUUCUGAAGCAGUUCAUUUGGUAGAUGCUAGCUGUCGAAAUCUAAGUCGGUCUUAAUCCCUAUGAAAGCAAACAAAACCUUACACGAUUCAAGUGACUAUUUUUCACUCAUUUAUUUUCAUCAAAAAAAAUGUAAACGUUGAUCUUCUUCUCCCUCUUAUCUCCUUGAUGUUCUUUAGGCAUUUUAGAAUGGUGGAAAUUGGAAUCGACCAAGAUGAAGCAGCGUAUCUUCAGCACUAAAGAAUCUUUUAUUCUCAGAUCAACCCGUUCUCCUUCAUCUCAUGUUUUCAGUUUCUUCCCUCUCUUCUUCCUCGAUGGAAGAAGAUCAAAUCAAAGUUGAAAGUCUACUUUCGAUGACACCACACGGGUAUUGUCAGAUGAAUAGAGUUAGAAAACCUAGGCGACUACCCAGUUUUAGAAAGGAAACUACUAUCAAUUGGGACGGGAUGUUACUUCCGGAGUUUCGUUUACCCGUCAUAGAAAUGUUGAAACUGAUAUUAAAGCUUCUGAUCGGUAUAUCAAUAAAAUGGGAUGGGAAUUUAAUACAGCUACCGUUGGUAUACAAUCAGAUUACUUUUGUACAACAGAAAUAAAUCAAUGGAGUCAUUUCGGGAAGAUCAAGAGACACUGGAGGUAUAUAGUGGCGAGAAUCGUUACUAUGUUUCUCAGGAUGCAUGUACGUUUAAAUCGAAAUAUAGAUUCAGCUACUUUAUGCGGCAACAAUUAGUAGCUUAUACAACCAGCAAAGUGUGGGUUCAAGAUUCAAGAGUGCAAGCAGUUGUGAUACAGAUAUCUGGCGGUAAUGUAAAAAUGUACUAUAUCUGGCAAGCAAUUUUACGAUCAAAGAUUGGAACUGUAUUGCAUGCUAAUGAACUUACAAUACACUUCAAGAACAAGAUGCCGUGGAAGCUGAAAUGGGGACGGAAUCUGAUGGUUUGGCCUAAUAUAUAUCUUCAAGAUGGAAAUUGGAUAAUGGUGCAUGAGGGAUCGUCGAACGAUAUAUCUAAUGGAGAUGUUGAUUAACUAUCGGUUAGUUUAUCGUUGAUUUUUGAACUUUGAACAUAUAGAUUUUGGGCAAUUCGAGGGCAACCAGCUACGGUGUGCUCAUUAGUGUUUGGCUACUUCAACAUAUAGAGUGCAUCGUUGCCGUAGGAUUAUUUGGUGUUUACGGAAUGUAAAUUAGCUGCGGAUGUUGAUGUGUAUGUUAACCAGAUUUUACGUGGUUCUGCGAUUCAGCAAAUUAGAUACUAGAUUUGUUGUAUUCAAGUUUCGGAAGGGCGAUACUAGAUUUGUUGUAUUCAAGUUUCGGAAGGGCGACUAUAUCAAGUUUAUUGUUUGUUACCGACAAAUGUUAAAAUGAAGAUCAACACAGUUAUGUGCUAUCCAGGAUCAAUCAACUGGGUGUUCAGGAUUGGAUUCUCUGGAAAUUAAAACAACAGGGUGUCACAUUAAAAUGAUGCUUAAUAUACAUGCAACCAAAGGCUGAUGUCCAUUUACAAUAUAGUAAGCUUCAAAUUUAUCCGGAUGACCAGAUGAACUACUUGAACAGAUAAACUACUGGCGAGUGUGUGGAUAAAUAUACUAGAAAGAAGGCCAAGGAGAUAGUUAGCUAUCCGGUGACAUUGUGGAUGAACACACUGGAGAGUGGAUCCAAAUAGCUUUUUGAUUGAUUGCUUUGUUUAAAUGGGAUUCGAAGCUGUCAAGACUAUUUGAUCAAAAUAUCAAUUUGACAGCAUAAAUUAAAUUUUGGAAUG